AACAUGGCGGACACCCGGCGAUGUUUAAUGAUCCACAAAAGAUUCACAAAAAGCUCCAAGAUUCAGUGAAAAUGAAACGAGCAGUAUGUCAGACGCUUUGGAAGCUUGUACAAAGGCAGACGUACACAUGUCUGUCGUCCCGAUAUGGAAUAUGGCUCUGCAUCGGAGGCAUGUUGUUGACUUUAAUCUCAGCAUUUCAGUUUGGGGAAGUUUUUCUCGAAUGGAGUAUGCAGAAGUAUGCAGUCACGUUUAAUGCUUACCACGAUAAUAUUCUUGGGAAUUCGUAUCAGAGCAGGCUUUGUCUUCCGUUACCGAUUGAUAUCGUGUAUACAUGGGUAAACGGAAGCGAUCCGAAGUUACUUGCAGACUUACAGAAACUCAAACUAGAAAUUGAACUCCAACAAAAUCGUACGAGAUUGAAUGAAAUAGAAAAGAUGAGAAAGGGAACAAACGCUACAGACCAGGAAAUUCGUGAGCUUCUUGCUGCAAAAGCUGUAAAAUCAAAGGAGAAGGAGAAGAAGAACAAAGAAGGAGCAGCAAAAAGUGAAAAUAAAAUCGAGAACUCUCGCUGCCCAUUUGAAAAUUGCGUUCCUGCCUUUUGUGUUAUUGUAGAGAAUGGUCUCCCUGGUGACGUGCAGUUAUCACAAAUACGUGCGAUUGAUCCCUCGCUCGCGAAAGCAACUAAUUAUUACAACAUAUCUUCAUCUGGUUCAAAAAUAGAACACGUAGGUGUAAUUCAAUUCCGUGGAAAAAGCGACACUAAUGACGCUUUGAAAGUUAAGAUCCGACUUCGGGAGAAGAGUUUUCAAAGUAAAGAAGGUUACUUCACAAGUGAUGCAUCACGGCCUAAUGCAGUUAACAGUGACAAAGAGAUCAUGAUUUUAAACUUAAAAGGAGAGAAUGAAGUUGAAAAGGUUAAGAGAGAUUUGAGAGACCACUUUGGAGACAAAUUUGUUAAUUUGAUUUUUCAUGCUGAUAAACUUAUUGGUGUAGCUUACUUCUCUGACAAGACCACCACCUCUUCUGCUUUGAAAUUAACUUUGCAAGUGAAUGGUAAAUCUUUAAAAUUAACCCCUGCACUGUUGAUCUGGGGUUCAUUUUCUGUAUCACAUGGCACAGAUACUGAGGACAAGGAAGAUGCUGACAUUUCUGCAAGUCGUUUUGCAGACAAUGAAGAGCUGAAAUAUUCUCUCCGUUCAGUUGAAAAACAUGCACCUUGGGUGCGAAAAAUUUUUAUUGUCACAAAUGGCCAAAUACCAUCUUGGCUCAACUUGGAUAAUCCACGUCUUAACAUAGUUACCCAUGAAGAGCUCUUUUUGAAUAAGAGCCAUCUUCCAACAUUUAGUUCUCCGGCUAUCGAGUCUCACCUUCACCGUAUUCCCGGAUUAUCCCCAAAGUUUAUAUAUCUCAAUGAUGAUGUUAUGUUUGCUCAUGAUGUUUGGCCAGACGAUUUCUACACUCAUGCUAAUGGACAAAAAAUCUAUUUAACCUGGCCUGUCCCAAACUGUAAAGAAGGUUGUCCAUCCUCAUGGGUUAAUGACAAGUAUUGUGACAAGGCUUGUAAUGUGUCAGAAUGUGAUUGGGAUGGUGGUGAUUGUAUUGGAGUGAAAAAGAAGACACAGUUUAAUUAUCAAGGAUGGCAAAGUCAACAUGGAAGUUAUCGCAUAAUGUUUUGUUCUCCAGGAUGUGCAGAUACAUGGGUUGGUGAUCGCUAUUGUGACGUAGCUUGUAAUGUUGCUCAGUGCGGUUUUGAUGCAGGUGACUGUGGAAUAUCACAGUUCAAUGAGUUGUAUCAUGUUGAUGUUAAUCACGACAGUCAAUCUGUCACUUUACCUCGUGGCAUUUCCGUGCUUUAUUUCAACAUUUCAACAUUUUUCAGUGAAGGAAGGGUCACCUCUGGUGAAUACUCUGAGAUGCGCUGUGUUCGUUCUGCCACUGUGGCUCAAAAAUUUAAAGUCUUUACCCUCACUUUGCGAGAUAACUUUACAGUGGAAGGUAUUCAUUUCAAAAUUGAAGGAUUUAUGGACAAGAAUGAAUCAAGAAAAGUGGUUGUGAACUUAAAUGUAACCAUAGACACAAGAAAGUUAGAGGAAAUCCAAAAAGUUCCAACAACAAACCCAAACAUCGGCAAAUUAAGGAUGACAACAACAACAACAAAGGUGACACCUUCUGCAAAUUUACAGACACUCCCAAGGACUAUUUAUCCAAUCAGAAUUCAGAAUGCUAAUAGAUCGCUGAAUUAUUGGGUGGUGGCUGGUAAUGAGUCAAUUACCAGACCAACAUGGCCUCCCUUAGCCAGUCAUGAAUAUGAGAUACCACACAUAUCAAAUGACACAGUUUUGCCAAAACAUGUUGAAAUCUCUCUGGAGGAGGUAGAGAAAGAGUACAAGAAUGGUGACCUGACACAGAGAGGUUAUGCAAGAAAGAAAGCUAAGAUCUUACAUGGCUUUUUCAAUGUGGUUGCCACUGAACCAGCUCACUCACCAGUAGCUGUGUUAACUGCACCUUUUCCUAAAUCAGAAGUAGAGGUAACCCCUCCCGCAAAGUUACUCACAGGACAGCAGGAAAAUAGGAAAGACAAAAUAAUUGUUGAUUCUGAGCAUCAGGGAAAUCAAGAAACAGAAUCACACACUCAGAGGAAGCUGUUAUCCUUGGAGGUGUCUGAAAUAAAAUCUUUUUUGGCUGAAAUUGGUACAAAGAAAGAUCAAGACCACAAAGCAACUGAGGAUGAGAUAUUCUUGGCUGACUGGAUUGCAAAUACAAAACAGAAACAAUUGUCAUUUGAAAAAGACCAAGUGGAGAGCACACAGCGGUGGAGAAGUCGUUAUGGACACUGGUCACCAAAAAUAUCCCAAAGUGCAACAAGUUUCCUCCCUUGGGAAAGGCACAAGACAUUUGAGGAGCUUCUGAAAUAUCAUGACAGGCAAAAGCAUUCACAAGAAUUCACAAAUGAUCACAAACCUGGUAGAAAAUUACUGGACACUUUUGCUGAUUCAUUGCUUCAUGUUCAUCGGAUCUAUAACCGUAAGUUUGGGUACAUGGGACGUAAAGUUCCUGCUCAUAUGCCGCACAUGAUUGAUGUAAAAAUCAUGGAAGAGCUGCAAUCUCUUUUGCCAGAAGAAUUUGACCAAACAUCCUCACAUAAGUUACGAAGCUCUGAGGACAUGCAGUUUGCAUUUUCGUACAACUAUUUUGUAAUUGGUCAAAAGAAGGAUCCAAACGUUACUGAAUUCUUUGCUGAUGUUGAUGCAGAUCAUUCAGGAGUAUUGUCAGAGAGAGAGUUACGUACCUUAGCUGCACGGCUUUACACAUUACCGUUGGACCUAAAUGACUUAAAUUCACUUGAGAAAACCCUUUUGAAGUGUGACAACAGAUCAGUGCCAGAUACUAAUUCAUCCGUUCCAAGUUACCACGGAAUGCCAUCAGUUUCACUGGAAUUCCUUCAACAGUGUGAUCCUUUGUUAAAAAUGUUGAAUGACUCUUACAAGGGUACAGCUAAGUACAAAUAUGAGACUGUGGGAGAUGAAGACGUAGCAUUUCACAUGAUUCGUGACAAUGCCACAGCUGUCUUGCGACAGUUGGAUAAUAUCAGAGGGAAGAAAAAGAAAUUUGUUUGCUUGAAUGAUAACAUAGACCACAGCCAGAAGGAUGCAGAACUCAUCAAAGCACUGCUGGUAGACUUUUAUGAGUCUCUCUUUCCUAUCCCAUCACAGUUUGAAUUGCCUCAAGGAUACAUGAACAGAUUUCUACAUGUUAGUGAACUGGAGGAAUUUAUGAAGGAAAGAGAUAUUGUUAAAUUUUGGACAAACAUUAUUUUGGUAGUAUUGGUCUCAGCAGUUUUUUUUUCAAUUUUUCCAGGAAUUUUAUUUUACUUAAUCCGACUAUUGUGUCCAUUAAGAAGGCUUUUUUCUUUCUCUCAAAGGAAUAGUUCCUCAGCUACUUCACGUCUCAUGACUGUUUAAAAGUACUUUAACUUUUAUUGACAUUGUUGAAAAACCUAGGACUUUCUAAUUUAAACUGGAGUUAACAAGGCAGAUUGGGUUAAAAGUGUGUGUACCAAAAGUGGUUUAAUCCAGACAAAAGACCUAGUGAAGGGCUUCUAUUUGUGGUUUAUUGACAUGUAAGUGAUGUAUUGUUACACAGCAUAAUUUUUUCUUCAUUCUAUUGCUCAAUCACCCAGAGACUCUAUAGGAAAAGAAUACUGCAUAAGUUUCCUUUGUACUUCUACAACUCCUAAGCGUAUGAAAGCCAUAGUCAUGUUUUGCAUAUGAACAAACAUAGUAAGAUUUUGUUGUCAUUUAAUAGAAGUUCCUUACCCAAAAAAAAUUUUAGGUGUUUGUAAUUUUAAGAAACAAUGUUUAGCUUAGGUCAGUAAAUUCUACAUACUUCUUAUUUGCAAAAUCUUAGAAAUCUAGUCAUAGUGUUUAAUUCAGCUGCUUGUGAGCUGAAUGUGAAUAUUGAAAAAUUUCCACCAAUACUAGAAAAAUUGAAUCUGAUUUAUUUACUUGUUUUCAUACUUUUUAGAUUCUUUAUAAACAGGCAAAAGAAAGUCCAGGCGAGUUUUUAGUCAAAAGCUUUAUAAUAAUUAGAAUUAUACUACAUACGUAGAAAUGGAUAGACAUUAACUUUCAUGUUUACUUGAUUAAAUAUCAACCUUGGAUGAGUGCCAAAGAUGGAGGAAAAAGGUACUAAUGUUCUAUACCCAGAAUGAAUGCUGCACCCAGUGAGAAGAAUGAAGAGUUAAUUUUAGGACUGGGAGAAAAAAAUGAAAGGUGCAAUGCACCUUGGUAAACUACACCAUCCUUGAAAAUUUAGAUUGACUCUUGAUUAACUUUCAGAGGUGAUGAAUAUGUUACUUCUGCCUGUUAAUAUACAUUCAGAAUCCAGCAAGCAGGUAAUAAGAAUACUCAAUCUUAUCAGGAGAAAGUUAAUUAUUAUCAUGAUCUCACACCAAAUACUUUUAAUGAAUUUACAAUGAAAUGUGUAGCAGUUAGAGGAGAGAAAUUCAUAAUCAGAUCUUGGAGGAUAGAUAAAAGAAUGAAACAUUAGAUCUUGAAUCAUAGACUUUAUUCCUUGGAAACAUUGAAAAUGUUAUGAUGCGAUGGUGUUGUGUCAAGUAAAUAUGCUAAUGCUUAAAGGUAAUAAGAAAUUAAUCAUAUUUUGCCUACACAUUGUGGAUACUGUUUGUUAUUUAAUAAAAUUAUUACUGUCUGAUGCAACAAUGACUAAAAACUAAUAAAAUAAUACUCAAUGGAAAAAUAUUUUUAAAUGGGUGAUCAGACUUGGUUAUUUAUCAUGAAUGUACUCGGCCAGAACAAUUUUCUUAAAAAGGCUGAUCACUCAUUACUGUCUGAAAGAGGUAAAAGGAUAACAUUGUCAAAGAUUAUUUAGUCAAUUACAGUAUGUAGUGCAUAUUUUUAACAUUGAAUGACUAAUUAAAUUCAGAAAAAAUGA